ACCAUUGACGCCCACACUAGCCCCUUGAAACUCCACUAAAGCCUCCCUCGCAAGCUCUACAACCCCACACAAACAUGAUUGUUUUUUCCCGAACAAGACCGAAUUCCGAUCAUACCACACCCACCACCACACCAUUGAAACCAACUCAAACUCAUCCUUGCUAAGCACAUCAAAUAAAUAAACAAGCAACUCAGCCAAAGAACCCACCCGACCGCGAUACAGAUAAUGCCAAACCCGAAGCUUAGUCCAUAGAGGAAGUAAAGACGAGCAAAACACUAACGCAUGUUCCGGAGUCUCCGAUUCCUCCCCACACCUAUGACAAAUUGGCUGAACAAGAACCUUGCGUCUAAUAAGCUGGGAAUUAGUAGGAAGAGCCCGGUGAUACAUUCUCCAAAGGAAGAUCUUGACUUUCUGUGGGACUUUCAAAUUCCACAUCCCAUUCCACCAAUGAGAUUGGGUAUAAGAAGAGGAGCCUAACCUCUCACCUGCAACAUCAAGAGCCACCGCAUACCCACUCUUCACAGUAUAAGAACCAUUAGAACUAUAAUGCCAGCACCAACGAUCCGCACAAUCACUACUACCCAGUGGUAUACCGCAUCGACAUCCAAUUCAUGCUCUUUAUUAAGUGGUUUUAGGGGCUUUUUUUUCUACUGAAACAUAUUAUUUUUGUAAUUUUAACAUAAUAUUUUUUAAAAUUUAGAAUAGUAAAAAUAUAAAAAAGGCUGACUAUAAAAAUGUAAAAAUAACCCAAAAUGAAUAUUUUUAUAAGAUCUCCAUUUAAUUAUUGAGUAGCCGGUAGUAACUUCGUUUUUUUAGUGGCUCGAUUGAUCUCUUAUUGGUGCCUGCAGCUCAGGCAUAAAGAAGUCGUAAUUUUUUUUAAAAAAAAUAAUAAUAAAACAGGAAAAAAAAAACCUGAGCACCACCAUUAAUUAAUGGAAAGCAAAUAUUAAGCACUGGUAAAGUAAAUAACUAUACUAAUGUAGUGUAGUGGUUUGAAUAAUGAUAAAUUAAAUCCUUUAUUUAUGUCAAUAAGUACUCGAUAAUUAAUCCACUAUAAUAUAGAAAUCUUUUAAUUAAUUGAUUUACUUCUUUUAUCUCUCUGUGUAAAACAAUAGUCAAUUAUUCUGUAGCACAUGUAGCUACCUAUCUAUAAAUAGAAGUAUAUUUUAUUGCAAAGAAUUUUCAUUCCUUUCCUUCUGAAAUUCGAUAUUUUUCUAUCUAUUUAAAUCAUAUACAAUCUUACAAAUAUUCAAUAAUCAAAAGAUGAAGUGGAUUAAAUUCCCUCUUAUCACACUUGCCAUCUUUAGUUUGGCUAUUUCCCUUGUCUCAGCCUAUGAUCCAAGCCCACUCCAAGACUUCUGUGUAGCAAUAAAUAAUCUCAAGGAUGAUUCUAAGGAUAUUAUUGAAGACAAAAGCAAGGGGCCCUUCGAUGUGUAUACGAAUGGUAAGUUUUGCAAGAGCCCAAAGUCGACCAAUCCAAAUGAUUUCUUUAGCUCUGGACUGAACAGUCCGGGAGACACUAAUAACCCACUUGGAUCAAGUGUGACAACUUUGAACGUAGACAACUUUGGUGGACUGAACACACUAGGCUUAUCUUUGGUUCGCAUUGACUAUGCUCCAAAUGGUGUAAACCCACCUCACUCUCACCCUCGUGCCUCUGAAAUCUUAGCUCUCACUGUGGGAACCCUCUACGUUGGCUUCGUCUCAUCCGCACAAGAUGGAAACCGCCUCUAUGCAAAGGUUUUAAACGCAGGAGAUUUAUUUGUCUUCCCAAUUGGAUUGGUCCAUUUUGAGUUUAAUAUAGGCAAAACUCCAGUUGUUGCUUUCACUGUUUUGAAUAGCCAAAACCCUGGAUUGGCUACCACUGCUAAUACUGUGUUUGGAUCCAACCCUCCAAUCAAUCCUGAUAUUCUUGCUAAAGCCUUUAAGUUGGACAAAAAGAUUGUUGAAAAUCUUCAGAAGCAGUUUUAAUAUUUAAUCAUAUCAUGUAAACCUAGCUAAUCAUGGAUAGGAGCAUAUAAAUUAAUGAUGAACAAUUGUGCUCUUUAAUAAUUAUAGCUCCAUAUAUUACAUAUGUUCACUUUGAUUAUGUUAAGAAGUUGUUCAGUAACUGUACGUGUUCAAGAUCAAUAAAAUGCUUCUUAUUA